CACUGGACGACUUCGAAGUUAGAAGUUCGUACUUCGACUCGAUUGAGCUUUCAGCAUCACAGUCCACGGCUCCUCGGAAUUGUCUUUCCACCAUAACUCACAUACAAUCACAAUGUAUCCCUCAAGGAUACUUCGAUCGCAACAUCACGGCGAGAAGCCGAACGUCACCGGCUUUGACAUCAGGAAAUUCGUACAAUCCGCCGGGCAACCGAAAUAUGAUCCAUGGGAGGUCAGGGAAAGUUGGCGGUACACAGGCCAGUUCACGCGAUGGAACCGAUUUAGGAAUGCCUUCCCCGGCUUAGGCAUAGCAACUAUAGCAUUCACUAUCUACCUCGGCUACGAGCAUUUCUUCAUGAAGGACGAACACCACGGAGAAGCACAUGGCGAGGAGCACCAUUGAUACCGAUAAAUCAGGCGCUGAAGAGAUAUCAGGUGUCAAGAGAGGACAUGUACAUAUAAAUUCGUCCGAACGAUCCGUGGUUAAAGUCGGAUAGAGUAGCCGAUAGUGCACUUGGUCAUGAUCAAACGAUUCUCAACGUCUAGACGUUUGCUUCAGAAGGAAUAGAAUACACCUAUUCUACUACAAGAACCCGACUGUUCAGAUAUCCAACUUGGGCUAGACAUGCAAUGCUAUUCGGUAGUUUCCCUACACAAUCUGACCUCAGCUCAGGAACACUUAAAAGGCAAACAUAAUAGUACC